AUGGAGCUGCUGUGCGGUGAGGUGGAGCCGGUCCGCAGGGCUGUGCCGGACGCCAACCUGCUCCACGACGACCGCGUGUUGCAGAACUUGCUGACCAUCGAGGAGCGCUACCUGCCCCAGUGCUCCUACUUCAAGUGCGUGCAGAAGGACAUUCAGCCCUACAUGCGCAGGAUGGUGGCCACCUGGAUGUUGGAGGUGUGUGAGGAGCAGAAGUGCGAAGAGGAGGUCUUUCCUCUCGCCAUCAAUUACCUGGACCGCUUCUUGGCCGGAGUCCCAACUCCGAAGACCCAUCUGCAGCUGCUGGGGGCCGUGUGCAUGUUCCUGGCGUCCAAGCUCAAAGAGACCAUCCCGCUGACCGCUGAGAAGUUGUGCAUUUACACCGACAACUCCAUCAAGCCUCAGGAGCUGCUGGAGUGGGAGCUGGUGGUGCUGGGCAAGUUGAAAUGGAACCUGGCAGCUGUCACCCCCCAUGACUUCAUCGAACACAUCCUUCGAAAGCUGCCCCAGCCCGGCGAGAAGCUGUCGCUGAUUCGCAAGCACGCUCAGACCUUCAUCGCUCUGUGCGCCACUGACUUCAAGUUCGCCAUGUACCCGCCAUCGAUGAUUGCAACUGGAAGCGUGGGGGCCGCGAUCUGUGGGCUUCAGCAGGACGAGGACGUGAGCUCGCUCACUGGAGACGCCCUGGUGGAUCUCCUGGCAAAGAUCACCAACACCGACGUGGAUUGCCUCAAAGCCUGCCAGGAGCAGAUUGAGGUGGUGCUGCUGAAUAGCCUGCAGCAGUACCGUCAGGACCAGGGCGACGGAUCCAAGUCGGAGGAUGAGCUGGACCAAGCCAGCACCCCUACAGAUGUUCGGGAUAUCGACCUGUGA